AUGGGAGUCACGCGGCAAGUACUGUCCGCAGGAAACGGGGUGCAGCCAAAGGCGGGCGACAAAAUCACCGUCCACUGCACGGGGUAUCUCGCCAACGGCAGGAAGAAGUUCUGGUCAACUUUGGACAAAAAUGAGCCCUUUGACUUUCGUGUAGGGCUUGGGCAGGUGAUUCGAGGAUGGGAUGAAGGAAUGCUGAUGAUGUCGACUGGUGAAAAGGCUGAGCUCAAAAUGUCUGGCGACUAUGCCUACGGGAAGAAAGGAUUCCCCGCUUGGGGCAUCCCUCCAGACGCCGAUCUUAUUUUUGAAAUCGAACUUCUUAAGAUAAAUUGA